AUGACUGGCGGUAAAUCUGGUGGCAAGGCUAGCGGUAGCAAGAACGCUCAGUCUCGUUCUUCGAAGGCCGGUUUGGCUUUCCCCGUUGGCCGUGUUCACCGUCUGCUUCGCAAGGGCAACUACGCUCAGCGUGUUGGCGCUGGUGCGCCCGUCUAUCUAGCCGCUGUCCUUGAAUACUUGGCUGCUGAAAUCCUCGAACUUGCUGGAAACGCCGCUCGUGACAACAAGAAGACCCGUAUUAUUCCCCGUCACCUUCAGCUCGCCAUCCGAAAUGAUGAGGAGCUGAACAAGCUACUGGGCCAUGUCACCAUCGCCCAGGGCGGUGUCCUCCCCAACAUUCACCAGAACCUUCUCCCCAAGAAGACCCCCAAGGCCGGAAAGGGUAGCCAGGAGCUGUGA